AUGCGCCUCUUGGCUGUGACAGAGCUGUACUUUGGCUUUGGCUUCAGCGCGUCAGUCUCCGACUCCGGCUGGCCGCUUCAGACUUUUGUUACGGAACCAACCUUCCAGCCGCCCGUCUUCGACAUCAACAAGACAGGGACAACAGCCGAUGGCUACAUCUUCAUGGACACCAACACAAAUGGUGCAGCGUCAGGCAAUCUCGUUGCAACAAUCAUCAACGAUGACGGGCAGCUCAUCUGGUCUGCCGGCUACACAGACACUACCAACCCUUCGUACCAGACUUAUAACGGCCAAGAUGUCAUCCUCUACUGGGAUGGAGACAUUUCAGGUGAAAUUGGACGCGGUUACGGCAAGAUUGUGGUCCUGGACACUUCGUACGAGAUCCUGUACAAUGUUACCCUCACCGAGGGCAUCUAUGCGGAUGCUACAUACGCCUCGUACAUCGACGCACACGAGGCUCUCAUCACGAGCGACAACACUUUGCUCGUGACAGUGUACAACACCACCCAGGCCGAUCUCACGUCUGUGGGCUGGGGCACGGCGGGCUGGAUCCUCGACAGCAUGGUCUUUGAGCUUGACAUCGAGACCAGCGAGGUUCUUUGGUCCUGGUCCUCUGCCGAGCACGAGGACCAGAUCCCCUUUGCGGACUCGCAUGAGCCUAUCAUCGAGAUCCCCCACUUCGCCAGCACCGCGUGGGACUACUUCCACAUCAACGCCAUCGCCGAGUAUGGAGAGGGAUAUCUCAUCUCCUCGCGUACGCUGUGGUCCGUCUACUACGUUGAAAAGUCUACUGGCGACGUCGUCUGGUAUUACAACGGUGGUGACGGCGGCAACUUCACGCUGCCGGUCGGCUUCGAGGCCGAGGAGAACACGGGCAGCCAGCUCUUCAAGUACCAGCACGACCCGCGCGUGCUGUCGACCUCGAGCACAGGGCUGGUGCUGACCCUCUUUGACAACAACAACUUCGAGUACGGCGACCUCCUGACGCCCAACAACUCGUACGGGCUCGAGAUCACCCUCAACACCGACGAGUGGACCAGCACCCUGAACCAGAUCCUCUACGACGAGGCCAACCCCAUCCACACCAUCGCGGAGGGUGACCGCCAGACCCUGACCUCCACGGGCGGCGCCUUUAUCGACUACGGCUUCCAGCCCUACGCCAAGGAGUUCAACUCGGCCGGUGAGGUCAUCUGGUCUGCACAGUGGGGAGAUAUUAGCGACGGCUCAUACCGCUCGCGCAAGUACGUUUACACCGGCACACCCACGACUCUGCCCAAGAUUGCGGUCGAGACCGACGGCAGCGAUCACACCGUCUAUGUGAGCUGGAACGGCGCCACCGAGGUCGCCGAGUGGGAGAUUGUCGGCUGUGGCACCUCGGGCACCACUACCGUCGACAAGACGGACUUUGAGACCUCUUGGACCGGCACAUGCACCUCUACUGUGCAUGCCGUUGCCCUGAACUCGGCGGGCACGCCGCUGGCGACUUCGACCUCUGUUGCUGUUUAG